UUCGCUUCUCUCCCGUUUCGACCUACUCUUCAUUAUCCUGGAUAAGGCCUGUCCUGAAUCCGAUCGGUUAAUUGCAGAACAUGUGCUGCGAGCCCAUCGUUAUCGUAAUCCGGGGGAGCAAGAGGGCGAGGCCCUUCCUCUCCAAGUGACUACGCGACUUUUAACCACUGGCGGACAGGUUCAGACCGGUGAUGGCGGGCCAACAGAUUCAGAAAACUUGGAUGAGACAACUGAAGAUGGUCCUUUAGGGCAAUCGGAUAUGACAAAUGAAGAUCAAGUCUUCGAGAGAAACAAUCGACUGAUAAUCGGAAGUAGUUCUGGAGCCAAAUCCAAGUAA